AUGUUCAAUCACCAUGACCGCACCACUUGGCUGAGCGCCCACCGUCCUGAGCCGCUGCGGCCGCUCAUGGCGCCAUCCAUCCUCGCCUCCGACUUCGCACGCCUUCUUGAUGAGUGCGUGCAUGUCCUCUCCGAUGAGGGGGGCGCCUCGGAGUGGAUACAUGUGGAUGUGAUGGACGGACACUUCGUUCCGAACAUUUCCGUUGGCAUGUGUGUGGUGGAGUCCCUGCGGAAGCAUUUGCGAGAGGCCUUUCUGGACGUGCAUUGCAUGAUCACUAACCCUCACCGGUGGGUGGAUGAAAUGGCGAGGGCCGGGGCCUCACAGAUGACGUUCCACUUGGAGGCAACGGAAGACCCAAAGGCGGUUGCAAAUCAGAUUCGCGCCGCCGGGAUGCAGUGCGGAGUGGCGCUCAAACCGGGCACACCGGCAAGUGCAGUGUCAGAGCUUCUAGAGGAGAAAUUGGUGGACAUGGUGCUUGUCAUGACCGUCGAGCCUGGCUUCGGUGGCCAAUCGUUCAUGCAAGACAUGAUGCCGAAGGUCGAGGAACUGCGCCGGGCGCAUCCCCUUCUAAAUAUACAGGUAGAUGGGGGCCUAAGUGAAGGGACAGUCCACGCGGCCGCAGAGGCGGGAGCGAACAUUAUUGUUGCUGGAACUUCCAUCUUCAAGGCACCCGAUAGGAGGCGGGUGACAGAGACGAUGCGGGACGCCGUGAGGAUGCGUCUUUCACCAACAUGA